AUGCGUGUGAAGAGGCGCCAGCUGUGGUUCUGCGGGGAGCAGAGUCAAAGGUCCUGGGACUGGGACUGGGACUGCCACGGUCCUACCUGGAGCUCCAGUUUCAGUGUGCGACAGUGCCUUUACGAAACACUUGGAUUCUUAACUCACUUUCUGUGGAAUUAUUGGGUAAAACGUGAAAGUUUCUUCCAGGGAAGACUCGGCACCGAACUUUUCCGGCCCUUCACCAGGGAGUCGCUGGAGGAGAUCAAGAGGCUCGAAGAGGAAAGCAAGAAGGCAGCUGAAGUAGAGGGCCAUGAUGAGAAGGAGCCAGAGGGACCUAACCCAGAUCUGGAGGCGGGCAAGAGUCUGCCGAUGAUCUUUGGAGAUCCUCCAUCUGAGAUGCUCAACACCCCUCUGGAGGACAUCGACCCCUUCUACAAAGCACAGAAAACAUUCAUUGUGAUCACUAAAGGAAACACCAUCUACAGCAUGUUCAUCAUGAUCACAAUUCUGUCCAAUUGUGUGUUCAUGACCAUGAGCAACCCACCAGCAUGGAGUAAAACCGUUGAGUAUGUUUUUACUGGCAUUUAUACAUUUGAGGCGACAGUCAAGGUGUUGUCUCGAGGUUUCUGCAUGGGACCCUUUACAUUCCUUCGAGAUCCAUGGAACUGGCUGGAUUUCAUGGUUAUCAGUAUGGCAUACAUUACUGAAUUUGUUGACCUUGGCAACGUGUCAGCUCUCAGGACCUUUCGUGUGCUUCGAGCCCUCAAAACAAUUACUGUGAUUCCUGGUUUAAAAACCAUUGUAGCUGCACUGAUGCAGUCCGUGAAGAAAAUGGUGGACGUGAUGGUUUUGACUGUUUUUGCUCUUGCUGUGUUUGCGCUUGUGGGUCUACAACUCUUUAUGGGAAACCUGCGGCAGAAGUGUAUCCGCUGGCCCCUUGUCAAUGACACUACUUUUGACUUCAACUCAACUCAAUUCAAUUCUACGUCUCUAUUCAACGACUCCUUGAUAUUCGACAAUUCAACUUAUAUCAACAACACGUUUGAUUUCACUGGGUACAUUGAGAAUCCAGUGAAUCAGUACUUUGUGGAAGGUAGUCUCGAUGCACUGGUUUGUGGAAACACCUCUGAUGCUGGAAAGUGCCCUGAAGGAUAUACCUGCAUGAAAGCUGGGAUGAACCCUAACUAUGGAUAUACCAGCUUUGACUCCUUUGGUUGGGCUUUCCUUGCUCUCUUCAGACUUAUGACACAGGACUUCUGGGAAAACCUGUUCCAGCUGAUCCUGCGUGCGGCUGGAAAGACAUACAUGUUGUUUUUUGUGGUUAUCAUUUUCCUGGGCUCGUUUUACCUCAUUAACCUGAUCCUGGCUGUAGUGGCCAUGGCCUACGACGAGCAGAACAAGGCGACACAGCGAGAGGCCAUUGAAAAGGAGGAAGAGUUUCAGAGACUGCUGGAGCAACUUAAGAAUCAAGAACAGGCCCUGCUUCAUGGCAGCCAUGUAUCUCUCACCAGUAAGAAGUCCCUGAGUCAGAACACGGUGUCCGAGGGCCAUCAGAGCUCGGAUCAUGAAGAGAUCACCAAGGACUGCAACGGGAGGGUUAUUCCACGACUCCUUGUCAGAGCACCCACUAUGCUGGAGGUUCCUGAAGAUGAGGAAGAGACAAAUAAAUCUAUAGGCUCGGUUCAUAGCAGCAUGCUUCAUGUUGAGGAACCAGGCCUGACAAACAAAACAGGGAGUGUUCUCACAGUGGCUACUAUGACAGCCAUGGAAGAGUUGGAGGAGGCACAACGGCCCUGCCCACCCGGCUGGUAUAAAUUCGCAGACAUAUUCUUGAAGUGGAACUGCUGUGUGCGUUGGGUUACCUUUAAAGAGCGGAUGUAUUUUGUUGUCAUGGACCCAUUUGUGGAUUUGGGCAUUACCAUCUGCAUUGUCCUGAACACACUGUUUAUGGCAAUGGAGCACUAUCCAAUGACCCCGGAGUUUGACCACAUGCUAUCAGUGGGCAAUUUGGUAUUCACCGGUAUCUUCACAGCUGAAAUGUUCUUCAAGCUCAUAGCCAUGGAUCCAUACUACUAUUUUCAAGUGGGGUGGAACAUUUUUGACAGCAUCAUUGUCACUCUGAGUCUGGUUGAACUUGGGCUGGCCAAUGUCCAAGGGUUAUCUGUUCUUAGAUCGUUUCGUCUGCUUCGCGUGUUUAAACUGGCUAAGUCAUGGCCCACACUGAACAUGCUGAUCAAGAUCAUUGGAAACUCGGUGGGGGCCUUAGGAAACCUGACCUUAGUGCUGGCCAUCAUCGUUUUCAUCUUUGCUGUUGUUGGGAUGCAACUGUUUGGCAAAAGCUACAAGGAUUGUGUGUGCAAAAUCUCAGAAGACUGCGAGCUGCCGCGGUGGCACAUGACAGACUUCUUCCACUCUUUCCUCAUCGUGUUUCGUAUUCUGUGUGGGGAGUGGAUAGAGACCAUGUGGCAUUGUAUGGAGGUGGCCGGUCCUGCCAUGUGCCUGAUUGUCUUCAUGAUGGUCAUGGUAAUCGGAAAUCUGGUCGUCUUGAACUUGUUCUUGGCCUUGCUACUCAACUCCUUCAGUGGUGACAACCUGGCUCCUGGGGAAGAGGAUGGAGAGAUGAACAACCUGCAGAUUGCUGUUGCCCGGAUCAAAAAGGGCAUUGCGUGGCUGAAAUCCUUCAUCAUUCAAAAAGUAACGCAGACACUCGAGAGAAAACCAAAGGAUCUCGAUAGUAAGACGGAGCCGAUCGAGAUGAAUCAUUUGGAUUCAGCUCCUGCUUUGAAAGUGGCCGAUGGGAUUCCCAAUUGUGUAAUGGAGGGACCGUCCACUGUGGGAGAGCUUGGGUUUAGUGUCCCAAUUGCAGAGGGAGAAUCAGACUUUGAAAUCCUUGAUGAUGACGAAGACAGUGAUGAAGAUGAUGAUGACGAUGAGGAAACCUCCUCUAGUGAUGAGACAAGUGAUCAGAAAAUAUUAGAUACGAAAAAAACAAGAACUGAAGAUCUUUGGUAUCAAGGCGUAAAACUACAAGGUGCAUUAAGUGGGGAUGGGGACUGUUCGGUCUGCAGCACAGCGGAUUAUCAACCAUCAGAGUCUGAACCAUCUGAAGUAGAGGAAGAGGAGCCGGAUCCAGUGGAACCAGAGGCCUGCUUCACUGACGGCUGCGUACAGCGCUGGCCUUGCCUGUCUGUGGACAUCACUAAAGGUGGGGGUAAAACCUGGUGGAACAUCCGACGGGCCUGUUUCACUAUUGUGGAGCACGACUGGUUUGAAACUUUCAUCAUCUUCAUGAUUCUCCUCAGCAGUGGGGCCCUGGCUUUUGAGGACAUUAACCUUGAGCGCAGACGGACUAUAAAAAUUAUUCUGGAGUAUGCUGACAAAGUCUUCACCUACAUAUUUGUCAUCGAAAUGCUCUUGAAAUGGGUGGCAUAUGGCUUUAAGACCUACUUUACAAAUGCCUGGUGUUGGCUGGACUUUUUCAUUGUGGAUAUUUCCCUGAUUAGUUUAGUUGCCAACUGGAUGGGCUAUUCUGAACUUGGACCAAUCAAAUCCCUCCGGACCCUCAGGGCACUCAGACCUCUUCGAGCUUUGUCAAGAUUUGAGGGAAUGAGAGUUGUAGUCAAUGCACUUGUUGGCGCCAUUCCCUCCAUCUUCAAUGUGUUGCUGGUGUGUCUGAUCUUCUGGCUCAUCUUCAGCAUCAUGGGGGUUAACCUGUUUGCUGGAAAGUUCUACCGCUGCAUCAACACCACCACUGCAGAGCUCUUCCCGAUUUCUGAGGUUAACAAUAAGAGCGACUGUUUGGUCCUGCAAGAAGCCACGCAUGAGGCACACUGGGUCAACGUCAAAGUCAACUAUGACAAUGUGGGAAGUGGAUACCUCUCUCUUCUUCAAGUGGCAACUUUCAAAGGAUGGAUGGACAUAAUGUACGCUGCUGUUGACUCCAGAGAGCCAGGAGAACAGCCUUCAUAUGAGAUCAACCUGUACAUGUACAUAUACUUUGUCAUCUUCAUCAUCUUUGGGUCAUUCUUCACACUCAACUUGUUCAUUGGUGUGAUUAUUGACAACUUUAACCAACAAAAGAAAAAGUUUGGAGAUAAGGACAUCUUUAUGACAGAAGAACAAAAAAAAUACUAUGAAGCCAUGAAGAAAUUGGGAUCAAAGAAGCCACAGAAGCCAAUCCCACGUCCAACAAACCCAAUCCAGGGUCUCGUGUUCGACUUCAUCAGUAAGCAGCCGUUUGACAUCUUCAUCAUGGUGCUGAUCUGCCUCAACAUGGUGACCAUGAUGGUGGAGACGGAUGACCAGAGCCCAGAGAAGGAGGACUUUCUGUUCAAAGUCAACGUGGCCUUCAUCGUUGUCUUCACUGGAGAGUGUGGGCUGAAGCUGAUCGCUCUCAGACAUUUCUUCUUCACAAAUGGAUGGAAUGUUUUUGACUUUGUUGUGGUCAUUUUGUCCAUUGCAGGAACAAUGCUCUCGGACAUCAUCGAGAAGUACUUUGUGUCUCCCACACUGUUCAGAGUGAUCCGUCUGGCUCGAAUUGGCAGGAUCCUGCGCCUGAUCAAAGGAGCCAAGGGAAUCCGGACGCUCCUCUUUGCUCUCAUGAUGUCACUCCCAGCUUUAUUCAACAUUGGCCUUCUUCUUUUCCUCAUCAUGUUCAUCUUUUCUAUUUUUGGCAUGUCCAACUUCGCCUAUGUCAAAAAGGAAGCAGGGAUUGAUGACAUUUUUAACUUUGAGACUUUCGGAGGGAGCAUCAUCUGUUUGUUUCAGAUCACCACUUCUGCAGGUUGGGACGGGCUUUUGCUUCCGAUGCUGAACACGGAGCCUCCUGACUGCGACCCAGACUUUGAGCACCCAGGCACCGACGUCAGGGGCAACUGUGGCUCCCCGGGGAUGGGCAUGAUGUUCUUCUGCAGCUACAUCAUAAUUUCCUUUCUGGUUGUGGUCAACAUGUACAUCGCCAUCAUCUUGGAGAACUUUAAUGUAGCCCAGGAGGAAAGCGGCGAUGCGCUCUGUGAGGACGAUUUUGAGAUGUUUAAUGAAACGUGGGAGAAGUUUGACGUAGAGGGAUCCCAGUACAUUGAAUACAGCAGACUGUCGGAAUUUUGUGAUGCUUUGCAAGAGCCGCUCAAAGUCGCCAUGCCUAACCGCUUCCGUCUCAUCGAAAUGGACAUAGCUCUCGUCACUGGAGACAGGAUUCACUGCAUUGAUGUGUUAUUAGCUGUUACUCAAAUGGUUUUAGGAGACACUGUGGAGAUGGCAGCCAUGCGAGAAAGUAUUUUGGCAAAGUUUGCUCUCAGUAACCCCAAGAAAGACACGUUUGCUCCCAUUGUUACGACUAUACGUCUCAAAGAAGAACUACAGUCCACCGUGAUCAUACAGAGAGCUUUCCGCACGCACUUGUUGAAACGCUGCAUACGCCAUGCUGCCUUCAUGCAUCGCUCUCUGAGGAUAGAGAGGAGGGAUGAAGACAAAGAACCUCCGGAAAAAGAGGGGCUUUUGGCGCGGAGGAUGGGAGUCCUCUAUGGCAGUGACCUGGAGCUUGCGGAGGAGAUGGAGCGGGUGGAUUUACAGACUUUAGUGGAGCAGCAGCCUCCACAGACUCACAGAGACUCAGAAAGCCCUGAGCCAUAUCAGCCUAAUCUCUUAGUUGUGCCCGUGGAGAUUACCAAUGAGGCUGGGACCAAACCCCUGCAGAUUACCCAGAAGCCCCGGUUCUACGGCGUCAUGACCGGCAAGAAAGUGGGAAUUUACUGCAUGUCUUCCGAACAGCCCCUGCCCUCCACCGCCCGCUGGUACAAGGCCUCCACGUUCGACUCAGAGAAGUCCCUGGUCCGGGCCGGGAGCAGGAUAUUUGUCCGAAACACAAAUGAGACUGAGAACGCCAUCCUCAUCCUCAGUGAUCUGCAGACGGAGGACCAGGGCGUGUACUUCUGUGAGAUCAGCCAAGCGUUCGGAGCCGGGACUGAAGUGCAAGUGGCCAGUGAGUGA